AUGUUAACGAAAUAUGCCAAUCGAAUUACAAGUUCAAAUCAAUUGCAUCGGCGGUUAGUUGGAAUUCCACAAUGGGUAGUUGAUAUUCGACAUAGUGCAACUCAUUCGCAUCUUCCAUCGCUGAAUAGUUUGCGUCGAGCAGCGACAUAUUGCCGAAAUUGGCUUUGGGAGCACCACUGGUCACGACCAGUAGCCGAAGCUAUUGGACUGAAUUCGAAUAUUCAAAACGAGAAUGAUGAAAAUAAAGUUUAUCAAGAAGCUAUUGACUUAAUUGACCGAUUUAUGUUAUUUUCUUUGGAAAAGAAAAUGUUGACGAAAAUAGAAACUUUCAUCAUGAUGCAUCCUUGGGAAUUUUUGAAUGCAUUUUUAAUGGAUGGAUAUUUGAUUUUAAACGAAAAACAAGCUAAAUCAAUUGAUCAUAAUUUGUUUGCAGAAAAUGUAGAUAUAUGGGAUGUUCCAGAAGAUUUGCAGCUUUUUUGGAAACCAAUCUUUCAUUACCUGAAUGAAGCCAAAAUGUUGCCCGAGUUACUUUUCCAGCUUCUUGAAACUGCAUCAGGUAGUGAAAUACAACCAAUACGGAAACGACAACUAAUUGCAUGGAGUGAUCGAAUGCUGACUGCUUAUAUAGAAUCAAAUGUCCUAACUCAAUCUGAAUGGGAGAGGAUUUUGAAAGCGGUAAUGUUAGCUCCAAAGGAAUUGAGAGAAGUCUAUUUUGACAAAGUUUUAACAAAACUUGAAAAAAUGACGGAGAAAGAGCGAAGUGCAUUGAGGCACCUAGCAAAUUUGUCUUCUAGAAAGACGAAUAAUACUUCAGAAACAUCGACUUCUUCCGAUAUUGCUGCAUCCUUCAAAACUGUCGAAGACUUGCAACAGUUAAUGUUGCAAAAAGAAGAUGAGAAGCAGUCAAGAAUAGGAGAUUCAAGCAAUACUUCUAGUAAUACACAUCGUUGGUCAAUCUGUAAUCCAUCGGAAUGGAAAGGCAUUCCACUGGGGUUAACGCCUGAGCAAAGUACCGAAUCUUUGUAUUUGGUUGUUGAAGUAGGACGGGUUCGGAAACGUCACUGCGUUGCCUAA